GACGGCGUUGCUCUCCCCCUCCAACUACCUCGCCAACUUCCCCGGAUUUGAAGCUUCCUAUUGUGACGGACGACGAACUCUUUCUUAGACAUUUUCGUGUCCGGAUCCCAUGCCUCCUGUGGCCGUCUCGCGUCUGCGGUAAUGCGCUCGGGAUGUUGGUGGUGUCGGAUGUGCGACCUCCCUUCCUCAUGGAUGAUGACCUGGAUCUUGCUGCUGUCGCUAUGGCUUGGUUUGGCUCAGGGUAUGAGGACGGAGCAGAUUAGGGAGUUGCGAAAGGAAACCCAACAUCUAUUCUACCACGGAUACGACAAUUAUAUGAAAUACGCAUUCCCCGAAGACGAACUGCGCCCGCUGACCUGCACUCCGUUGACGCGCGACCGUGACUCUCCCGGCAAUGCCGCCUUGAACGAUGUCCUAGGGAACUAUUCCCUGACGUUGAUCGACAGCCUGUCGUCCCUGGCCAUUCUCGCCUCGGAUCCCGAGGAUGGCGCGCACGCUUGGACGCACUUUCAAAAUGGGAUACAGGACUUUGUUCGGCUGUAUGGGGAUGGGUCUGAUGGCCCUGGUGGCCAGGGCGAGAAGGCAAGAGGCUUUGAUCUGGAUAGCAAAGUCCAGGUGUUUGAGACGGUCAUUAGAGGAUUAGGCGGGCUGUUGAGCGCUCAUCUUUUUGCCGUCGGCGAUCUACCUAUCACAGGAUACCAUCCUCCGGAGAUGGAGGCUGCGUUCGCGAAGGCGUGGGACAAGACGGAGUUUCCUGAUGGUCAACACGGUAUUCAGUGGGAGAAUGGGUUUGUUUAUGAUGGCCAAUUUCUGCGCCUUGCGAUGGAUCUAGCGAAUCGCAUUAUCCCCGCAUUCUACACCGACACCGGCCUUCCUUACCCUCGAGUCAAUUUGAGGUACGGCGUGCAGCGACAUCCCUUUUACGCGAACUCUCCCCUGAAUGCAGAUCGAACUUGUGGGGGUGCGGAACCUUGUCCGAAAUCUCGCCGGUUCGGGACGUCAGCAGAGACAACGGAAUCUUGCAGCGCAGGCGCUGGGAGUUUGGUCUUGGAGUUUACGGUGUUGAGCAGGCUCACGGGUGAUGGGCGGUACGAGGAGAUGGCAAAGCGAGCCUUCUGGGCGGUUUGGAAGAGGAGGAGUGAGAUUGGGCUGAUUGGCAAUGCUAUUGAUGUGGAGUCGGGCCGGUGGAUUCACUCUUAUACGGGGAUCGGUGCAGGCGUCGAUAGCUUUUUUGAGUACGCGGUCAAGUCUUACGUCCUGCUGUCCUCGGGAGAGCGUCCCCCGCACGACCCCCAUAGCCCUUGGCAUCCCCUAGAUGAUUAUUUUCCGCCCUUAGACGAGUACGAACACUCGGCAGAGGCUUUCUUAGACGUGUGGCAUGCCUCGCACGCGUCUAUCAAACGCCACCUCUACCGAGGCGAAGGCUACCAGCAUCCGCACCUGAUCCAGGGAGACGCCUUCACAGGUGCCACACGCGCGUACUGGAUAGACAGCUUGAGCGCAUUCUACCCCGGUCUGCUCACCCUGUCCGGGGAUCUGGACGAGGCGAUAGGCAUCCACCUGUUGACGACGGCGAUAUGGACCCGGUUCUCGGGCCUCCCUGAGAGAUGGAACGUUGCUACCGGCAAUAUUGAAGGGGGGCUUACAUGGUACGGUGGCCGGCCCGAGUUUAUCGAGUCCACGUAUUACCUCUAUCGGGCUACGAAAGAUCCGUGGUACUUGCAUGUCGGGGAGAUGGUGCUGCGGGACUUGAAACGGCGGUGUUGGACCAAGUGUGGGUUGGCGGGCAUUCACGACGUCCGGAAUGGUGAACUCAGCGACAGGAUGGAGAGCUUCUUUAUAGGAGAGACUGCCAAGUACAUGUUCCUGAUGUACGAGCCAGAACACCCUCUCAACCACAUGGACCAGCCGUUUGUCUUUUCUACGGAGGCGCAUCCGUUGAUUAUACCGAAGAGCGCAAAGUCGCCGUCAUCCAAGCCGGAGCGGCAGCCAAGCGACUAUCCCGCCAACCCCCCGGUCUGCCAGACGGCACCUGUGCCCCCGACGUUCGGUCUCUCGUCAACCGCAGCCCGUCCGGACGUCUUCCACGCCGCGAGUCUAGCUCGGCUUCAUUUAAUGCCUAGCCGGGGCCCGGUAGAGGGGCCUCUACUGGACUACGCCAUGGAUCACCCGCGGGUGUCGCUCUCAGACCUGACGUCACCCACCAACUACACCUUCUUCCCAUGGACACUCCCCCCCGAGCUAGUGCCCGUCAACGCCACCAGCUCGCCCAUGAACAUCCGUCCAACCCUCGACAUCUCCUUCCCCAGUAUCCCCGGCAUGCUCCUAGGCAGCGGGUCAUUGGAACGCGUCCGAGAUGGCAUUCUCAUCAAAACCGUAGGGGGACUCCGUCUGAGCAUGGUGCGGGACGUCCCUUCGUCAUCCGGGCACCCCCACCACGGAGACGAAUACCGAGUGCAGGUGAUCAACAACGUGCCCCUUGGCAAAGAUGAGAAGGUAUAUCUCUCGCGGGACGUCACAUUCGACGUCCUCGAUCCCACCGAUCCAAACUUCACCCGCAUCCACGACUUUGCCAUGGUUGACAUCGUCAUUGACGUCCUCCCAGAGCCUAUCGCCCGUCGAGGAAAUUAUUCAGGAGAUUCUCGCGCUCCAGCUGCAGGAGGUCGCGGAGCAGAUCCUGCUGUUUCCAGAUCUUCCCCAGCCGACGGCGACAAGCCCGCAACCCCCGACCCAUCCGUCUCCGGGAUGAGAACCGUCCUAUCAAACCUCUUCAACUCCGUCUCCUCCCUCCUCAGAGAUGACACCCCCACCGGCGGCGCCCCGGCCCAAAACACAUCUCCCCUACGACUAAGCCUCCCGGCCUCAAUAUCCACAGGGCUCGGAUCCACCCCGUUCCCAGACGUGGAAGACGCACUCACCUUCUCGGCAACAGGAGAAAUCUCCAAGCGCCGCCUCCCCUGGUCAAGCAUCUACUUCGCCGACGACGACCUCUGCGACAGCCGCAUCCCGCGCGACGUCACACAGAACCACCAAGUCCUGGUCGUCCGCCGCGGCGGGUGCAGCUUCUCGCACAAGUUGCGCAACAUCGCCGCCUAUCCGCCGUCGCGACGUGCACUGAAACUCGUGAUCGUCGUCAGCGACGAAGAGCCGGUCUCAGUACCACCAGGGGAGCCAGCCCUGCACUUCGGGCUGGCCGCCAUACGCGCCGAACCGUACCUUGCUCGUCCGCGUCUGGAAGAACUGCAGAUGACGGCUGGGGGCAUCCCCCGACGCCAUCUUAUCAGUAUGGUUAUGGUUGGGGGUGGCGCGGAGACGUUUGAGCUGCUGAGGAGGGCGAGGGGCGUUGGUGUGAAAAGACGGUAUACGGUGCAGUCGCAGGGGGUGCCGAUUAAGAAUGUGUAUGUAGUUUAAUACUUUAUUUUGUAAGUAGGUGUUUUAGAGGACUGGCUCUUGGUCAGUUUUUGAUUGUAA